UCAAUCUAUCGUUGAAAGAUAUGCAAUUCGCUUUCCUCUUCGAACGAUAUCGCUUCGAAAUAUUGAGAGUCACGGGUGACGAUCAUUGACUGCGCGCCAGGUAUGCAAUCGAGGAAAUAUAAAUUAACGAGGAGCCGGGUCGUUGACACGCCGGGGGAGAGUCGAUUUAACACUCGAACUGUUUUUCUCGACAAGGUUUUUUGCCGAUUAUAGAAAAGCCAAACCCAUUCGGUUUGUCUCGCAUCGCUAAUCGCCGAAUAUAAAAGAUCUCGAGGAUCGUGCGUCGCAGACAUUUAACAGGUAACAUUGGCGACUAUCUAUCGAACGUCGGUGGUGCGUCAUGCUGAUUAUUUUCACCGUCCUACUUAUAUCGGCGCUCAACUCUGCUACAGGGGUUGAAUUUUUCAGUGCAAGUUUCGCGAGACCGAGACGAGGGAUCGUCGAGACGAGCCACGAUGAUCCCCGGGACGGUAAACCUCGAUCGAUCGACGUGGAGAAAAGUAGUCCAAGAUCGAAUUACAAAAAUGCCAAAAUUGUAAAGGAGCCUAUAAUUGGUUCCAUCGAUUCGCCAAUGUACGGUGAUAUAUUCAAACAAUCAUCGUCGUACAUUGUUCCACCGUUUGAGACUCAGAACGUGCCGUUCCUGCCGUAUUCCGAUAAUUUAUUUACCAUAUCUGCCGGCUACAAAAUUGCAAACGACGACAAUUUCGGCAAACCGGUAAACCAAGCAAAGAUAUACAACCAGAACGUGGCUGCAGGUACAAAGUUACAAAUUCCAGUGUACAAGACUAAUUAUCCACCGAAAUCCGGCGAAACGUACGCGCCAAUUUUCCAAAAUAAGAAAGCCUCGUUUCCCUCGUACUUGUCCAACUUGCAGAACCAGCUAGUUUUGAAGCCAACUGUGGAAGACAAUCGGUUCAAUUUCGGGGAAGCGGGGACGGGCGAAAAGGUAAACGCCGUUCAGCAACUGGGCUCCCAUUUUCUGCUGCCCAGUUUUCAAGGCCAAGUGAUCCCCAUUUCCACCCUGGCCAACAACGCGCCGUUCCCGCGCUACAAAGGCGCGGCAAUCCAGGUUUAUCCAACCGUGGCCGGGUUUUCAACCACGGCUUAUCAACCCCUCCAGGCACAGCAACAAUUCCAAUUUGGCCACGGUAUCGUCCAACCUGUUGACAACUCGGGGCGACCUCCUCCUAGCCAGGCGGAGGAAAUUCGAUCAGACGUCGAGAUAAUCGACGAAAAGAAACCCAGACCCCCGCCUAGGAGCGACGAAGAUGACGGCGAUCAAGCUGAUGACGACGAUCAUGGUUAUACCCCUCCUGAAAGACAUGAGGCAAAUUCGCAGGACGAUAACGAUGAUUACGAGGUUAAGAGUUUUAAAGCGCCGCCUGCGGAAGGUGACUUUAAGCCCUCCACGUCGUUUCCAUUCAAGGAAUACGACGAGAAGUUUGGCAGAUACUCGAAUCGUGAUAAAUUGGGUGGGGAUGAGAAAUCGGUUUCGAAGAAUCGUGAUUAUUCGGGCGACGAUGACGACGAGUCUUCGGCCAGGUAUCUGUCGGAGGACACUUCCUCGAAAGCUUACUACGAUCGGCAAGAGGAGGAAGAGGGUGAAACGUACGAUGACAAGCCACGUGACUACGAAAGACGGAAGACGAAAGAGGAGAGAGACGAGAAUGCGGCUAAAUAUUACGAUAAAAAUUUCGACGAGGAAUUCGAUGCGUCGUACAAAGCGAAAUUAUCGAAACAAAAAAUGAAACACGGGAAAGGAGGGAGGAACAUCUACGAGGUCGAAGAUCCUUCGAGCGAAGGAAGUCAAAGGAACUUCAGGUAUUACAAAGAUUCACGGAAUACAGGAGGGUAUAGCUUAGUACCUGAAACGAAUAUAUACGAAGGAGGUUUUGGAUAUAAGAUACUUGGAAGACGUACGAUAUUAUAAGAUCCACGAUUCAUCUGCGUUAAUAUUCGAAGGACAAUUAUAUCUGUUCCAAUUUUUGUUGUGUUAUUUGUAUAUUACGUUUGUUUCUAUAUAUACGUGUUA